AUUUUGGUGACAAACUCGGCACAUUAUUAUUACAAAAAGGAAUUUAUUACGACUUUCGGUUUGAUAACGUUUCGGUCCCGCGAGCAGAGACUUGACAGCUGUCGCGUUGACAUUUGUAAUUUAUUAGCCGUAAACAUGUCAUCAGCGACGUUGCCUUUAUUGGAGGAUGACACAGUAGCAUUCGGUGAUGAUUUAGGUGAUAGUGGUGUCAAGGGGUCCCUGACACACCCUUAUGUCACAUUUUUCCACUUGGCCUUUCGGGGGGCGUCUAUAGUAACGUACUUGUUGUGCGAAUGGUUCAGUGAUAGUUUUAUCGCAAGUUUUGUAACGGUAGUUUUAUUAUUAUCGAUGGACUUUUGGACAGUCAAAAACAUAACAGGCCGUCUGAUGGUUGGCUUGCGAUGGUGGAAUUACGUGGACGAUGACGGAAAGUCGCACUGGGUCUUUGAAUCACGCAAGGGCCGGUGGCAGAACCGUGUAAACGAGCGAGAAGCGAGAAUAUUUUGGAUGGCUUUGGUUAUAACCCCCCUGUUGUGGGGCGUGUUUUUCAUAACUGCUUUGUUUUGGCUAAAACUAAAGUGGAUGCUGCUCAUAAUGAUAGCGUUGGCUUUAAAUGGGGCCAAUUUCUAUGGGUAUUUUAAAUGUAAAGUGGGUUCAAGUGAGAGCUUAAGUUCCGCAACCACAAAUUUUCUCAGGAAACAAGUUUUACAAAAUGCUGUAUCACUUGUUACACGUGAGGCUACCGCCCCUCAAGCAAAUCCCAUGAGCCAGCCAUCUAACACUAUUUAAUAAAUCGACCCUCCUUUAUUUAUAAAGUAUUGUGAUAAUUAAACUUAAUUCCACACCUA